UUACAUUUACAUGAUGGCACUUUAUUUUUUUAAUGAGCACUAAGAGUAGUGUUAUACAUAUUAAACUAAUAUGUCACUCCUACUUUAUUAUUAAGUGUAAAGAUAUUUAAUUGGUACUGACAUCGGCCAGCCUCACGCUGGCAUAAUCUUUUUUUUGAUAAUCCAAUGGGUUAUUUCUGUAGGUUUACAUAAGACUGUUAAUAUCCCCUGCUUAGACAUCUAAAUACUGUACUUAAGAGCUUUUCUUACCAAAACUCAAAACAUGGCUCUAAUCAUGUGCAUUUAAAGUGUAAUUUUUACCUUCCUGUUUGACCUACAUGGCUGAAUCUCGUCUCAAAAAACAAAGUCCAGGAAAUUUUUUUUUUUUUAGUUUGACAACAAAAUUCCACGGGCUUUGGAGGGAUAACCGCACAUGAAAGGGGUUUUUGGAGCCACUCCCUGUACGCCUAAAGCUAAAGUAGGAAUGGAAGCAACAUGGGAGGAAGGGGUGCCUGUUGUCCAGUUUGUAUGCAAAAUAUCACCUCUCAGUUCCUCCCCCCUGCCAGUCUCCCCCAAGUGUGGAGACCCCAACGUCUCCGUCAGCUUGACUGUUGUAGGUCUGACAUGGAGAUUGACCGGUUACCAUGGAGUGGGUCAUGGAUGUGGGCCGGGGAGCAAAUUUUACCCAGUAGGCCCCCUGCUUAAUUCAAACACACCAUGGGUUAGGACAUCAACAGUUUCUGAAAAGAAACAGAUUCAAAAUAUAAUUUGCUUGAAAGUUGAUCUUUGUAGAUUAAAAAACACACAGAUUUACCACUGAUGUCAACUUGGCAGUGUGCUGUGCCAGUAUUUUUAUUCCUCUGCCAGAUGCAUAUUAAGUAUCACUGCCACUUCCUGCUACAUGGGCUCUAUCUUUAUUAUCCUUUAUUAAUUAAGGUAUUACACAAUUUGACAAAUAAUCAACACAAAUAAAUACAGCUAAACUAAAAACCUUUUGAGCUUUAUAUAAUAAAUGACAUUAAAAUGCAGGGAAAGGGAAAACAAAUCCUCUUUGAACUCGGAUUAAUUAUGACAUUUAAAAAUCAGAAGAAAAUGAAAGUAAGGAAUGAACAGAAUGAAAGCAUUUUACCAUAAUCCAAAAAGUAAACAUGUGGCUCAUGGGUAGGUGGGUGGGGGCUGCCAGUGCGUCAUACCAGUGAGUGUGAGUGUGUCGCCCCUCUUCGCUUUAAAAUAGUUUUAUCCGCCACGCCCACUCUAUAAUUCCCACUCAGCUGUUACUGUAAGACACGUUCAGUUUCCACAUGCGUCCAUUCACAAAUCUGCGGCGUUGAACUGUAGGAAAAGUCGGAUUGGGAGUAUCAUCAUCAUUAUCAUCACCACCACCAUCAUCCUCAUCGUCACCACGCGUCGGUUUAAUCACCUCGUCUGUCAGUUUUGAACAACUUGUUGCGCAGCUGCUAUUUCUAACCUCCUCUGUGGUCCAUCGCUGCGGCGGCCGCUCUGAUAUUUACCCUGAAGAGAAACACGUGAGGAAACCACGUUUUGUCAGAGAUGAGGCUUGACGUCGCGGACCCGUGGGCUCAUUUUACUUUAUUUCUCAUGAAGUCCUGCAGCCUACAGUGAAUUUUUGGAGUCUCUUUAAUAUGAUCCCAGGGACAGGGGAUGCGAGUCAUGAGCUGGACGCGUCCUUGUCACGGACCAGACUGGAGCCACAGCCUCCUCUACCUAACUUUACUCCUGUGGACCAGACGCAUGGAUGCACUGGCUGACUUCUCAAACUACCUGUCCAGGAUCAUCACCAGUCACUCCGCUCACGCGUGUGACGGACAGCCUCUGCGUCUCCACUGUCCGCGUCACUCCACCAUCUCCAUCCAGUCCGCCUUCUACGGGAGCGGCGAGGCGUGGCUGUGCAGAUCAGACCGGGACCCUCCACCCAGAGCCCACAACCACAGCUGUUCAGCUUUUACUGCUCUACAGAAGCUGCUGUCUGAGUGUCAGAGCCACAGAGAUUGCCAGCUACCUGUCAAUCACCUGCUGUUUGGGAAGGACCCCUGUCCCGGCAGUACCAAAUACCUCCAUGUGGACUACAAGUGUAAACCCACUGAACACAAAAGACAUGUGGCGUGUGAGGGAGAGACCAUGGUCCUGCGCUGUAAGCCCCCCAGGGUGCUGAACAUCUAUGCAGCUGUCUAUGGCAGAAGUCUGGGAGAGAGUGACACCUGCCCCUCACACCUGACAAGACCACCCCCAUUUGAGUGUCUCAACCACGAAGCUGUUCACUCGGUGUCCAGGUCCUGCUACAGCAAACAGAAGUGCGUUGUUGCCGUCAGCAACCAGACCUUUAGGGACCCCUGCUUUCCAGGAACCAGGAAGUACCUCAGUGUGGUUUAUUCUUGUGUACCACAGAUUUUACUUAAGGAAGCAGAUCCGAACAUAUUCAGCUCCACCUCAUCUCCUACUGUGCACACACAAAAAGUUUCUCCUGUGGAUCUGGAGAAGCCUUUCUCCAAAGGGUCAAGAAGGCCAAACAACUCAGGAGCUAUGAUGAGCAACUCUCUCCUGACCUAUGCCUACAUCAAAGAGCAUCCAGAAAUGGCGGCGCUGCUGUUCACCUCCAGCGUGUGUGUCGGUCUUCUGCUCACGCUGCUGGCUGUAUCAGUCCGAGUGACCUGCAGUGGGCGCCGGCUCAGAGAUCCCAGACUCGCAUCCAAGUCUCGUAGCCAGACUGCUAACUGCAAGGAGGAGGACGAUGAUGAUGAUAAUGAUGAUGAUGAUGAUGAAGAAGAGGAAGAUGAUGAUGACGCUGAAGGAUCAGAAAGCUCUUUAAUCUCAGCCGCAGAGAGGAAGGCAACGCACGCCUGGGAGGAAGUGACUUAUGUGAGCGAGGCGGCCGAGCGGGCAGAGAGGAUUGAGCGCAGAGAGAUGAUCAUACAGGAGAUCUGGAUGAAUGCCUAUCUGAAUGGCAGCGCAUGUUAAAUAACCCAUGGGUGCUCUUAAGCACCUUCAGGAUUUUUUCAGGAUACUCCCAGCCUUUGAUUAUUGAUAAAACAAGAAACUUUUUUUAUUACAUUGCAAAGCAGUUUGUUGUGCAUUUUGCCUUUUCUUUUCUUUUUUCUUUUUUUUGUUUUUAAAGGCGCAUUUAGUUUGUGAAGAAUGUAAUGUUUAAGUAAAAGUGCAGUACUCGCCAUUUUUAAAGGAUCAGCAGGACUUUAUACUGAAAAAUGGGUGGUUAAAUAUUGUAUUUAUUCACAUUCACCACUAAAUGAAGCUAAAAUUUCAGGUGAAAUAUUGUUUACUGACACAAAAAGGUUGAAAUCACUCGUCUUGACACUCAGUCACACAGCUGCCACAUUCAUUCAAGAAUAUUACUGUACUGAUCCGUCACGGUAACUGUAUCAGUGAAACUGAUAAAUCACUAUAAACCAAAGAACAUGUCAGGGAACACGAUCUGUCAUAACAACUCCUGUUUGUCUGAAGGGACCAUGAAACACAGUUGCUUUCAUCUCCAAACUCCCUCUGGCUUUUUACACCAGAAAGGAAAAUCAAUGCUUUUAUAUCACAAACACAUUUGUCAAGGAUCAUGUUUCCUAACUGUGAUAAAAAUGUUUCAUUGAUUUGAAAAAACAAAACAAAACUGACAAAAAAGUGACUGACAAAAAUAGACACACUACAGUGUUUUCCCUACAGUACAGCUACAUUAGCGGUAAUUAAAAUUGGCAGCUGUUCAUUCCAGAAAUCCAAGGUAUGUGAUCCAGUUUCACCUGCCACAACUGAUCACUGUCUUUAUAAAGAGCCUUCUGAAGUGAAUGUACAAUUAGUGGAAUUGUCUUUUAAAUCCGCACAUUAUGUCCAGAUUGUUGUUUUUUUUUUUUUGUAGUGAACGCAGUGUUACUUGAAACCGGCCUCACCUCUCUGAAUCACCGCAACAGCUCCCUCAACAGUCCCACAAAGUUUCCACAACCCUCCAAACACUCUCACACUGAGCUCUACAACUUCCUCAUCCCUGCUGGGAUGAGGACUGGAACGACCCAUGUACUAUGUGGCAACUUCCUGCCUCAGAACAGCACUGGCUUUCAGAGGUUUAAAGUUUAAAGUGUGUGUCACCACACAGCAGGAGACAAAGAGAGGAAAGGUGUAGCAUCCUUGUCUGAACUCCAAGGGAUGUAAGACUGUGCUUCAGUUGAAACACUACUACUGAGACUUUGUUGAACAUUAGCUCAUCAUUAAUAUAAAAUGUAAAAACAUUGUGUAUACACAUGCUACAAUGGAAGUCAUUCUAUUUGAUUUUUUUUUACACAGUAAAUGUGCAGUAAAUAUUGAUUAAACUUAAAUUUAAUCGUGUUUGUACAGCUUCAGUGAAAAUGUAACUUUACAACAGGGUAAUAACAAUCAGAUGGAACACAGGGAGAAGACUAAAGUUAAAAUAAACCAGGUUUAUAAUGAUA